AUGUCGAGCCACAAGGAAGAGCCACUCGAGGCUGACGUCGAUCAACUUACUCAAUACCGUGAGCGAUGUGCCGACCAUGUCACCGAAUUCAAGAGUAUUCUCGACGAGUGCAACGAUCGUGUCAACUCUCGUUCUAACACUGAGGAGACCUGCCAUCAGGAGAUGGCUGACUACGUUCACCAUUUGGAUCACUGUGCCAUGCCAAAGGCCUUCGCUUCGUUGAAAUAA